ACAUGGUUUUUCUAUUUUCAACGUCUAGGGUUUUUGAAUACUGUCCUCGCUUCCAUCCAUGGCAAUGGCUUCCCCAGCCAACAAAAAGAAACCCAGAAGCAACCAAACCCCAGAAUCCCAAUUCAGCUACAACCUCAACUUAUAUUCAAAAUCCAAAGACUUACACUCUGCUUUAUCCCUCUAUGACACUGCAAUAUCCCAAAACACUCGUCUCAAUCAGCACAACUUCAACACUCUCCUGUACCUCUGCUCAAUCUCACUCAAUGACCCAUCAACUAAAGACUUGUCCUUGCAAUAUGGGUUUCGAGUUUUUGAUCAUUUGGUGUCUAAUGGGAUCAAACCCAAUGAGGCCUCGAUCACAGCUGUUGCUAGACUAGCUGCUGCUAAAGGGGAUGGUGAUUAUGCUUUUGAUUUGGUUAAAAAUAUUGGGGUUUAUAAUGAAUUGCCAAGGUUGAGGACUUAUGAUCCUGCAUUGUUUUGUUAUUGUGAGAACUUGGAGGGUGACAAGGCUUAUGAAGUGGAGGAGCAUAUAGGGAGAAUGGGGGUGGGUUUAGAAGAGGUGGAGAUUGCGGCAUUGUUGAAAGUUAGUGUGGAGACUAGAAGAGAGGAGAGGGUUUAUGGGUAUUUGCAGAAAUUGAGGAAGAUGGUGAGGUGCGUGAGAGAAGAGACUGCAAAGGUUAUCGAACAUUGGUUUGAGGUUUUUGAGGGUAAUGGGGUGGAAUUGGAUGUGGGACUAGUGAGGGAGGCGGUUUCAAGAAAUGGGGGAGGGUGGCAUGGGCUUGGAUGGAUUGGGAAGGAGAAGUGGGUGGUGGGGAGAGGAAGUGUGAAUGCUGGUGGAAAAUGUUGUUGUUGUGGGGAGCAGUUGGUUUCUGUUGAUAUUGAUGAUGAUGAAACGGAGAGGUUUGCUGAGUCUGUUGCUGGAUUGGCUAUGGAAAGGGAGGUUAAGGCUAAUUUUAGCGAGUUUCAGAAUUGGCUAGAAAAACAUGCCAACUAUGAAGCAAUAAUGGAUGGAGCAAAUAUUGGACUUUAUCAGCAGAAUUUUGCAGAAGGCCGAGUUAGCAUUUCUCAGCUUGAUGCUGUUAUAAAAGACCUGUACAAUCAGAGUGGGAAAAAACGGCCACUUAUUAUUUUGCACAAUAAGCGUCUCCGAGCACUGCUGCAGAAUCCUUCCACUAGGGAGCUGAUUCAAGAGUGGAUAGAAAAAGAUGUUCUUUACACCACGCCUCAUGGUUCCAAUGAUGAUUGGUAUUGGCUAUAUGCUGCUGUCAAACUUAGAUGCUUGCUAGUAACAAAUGAUGAAAUGCGAGAUCACAUUUUCGAACUACUAGGAAGCGACUUCUUUGUCAAGUGGAAAGAAAGACAUCAAGUUCGAUAUACUUUUGUCAAAGGGAACUUGGAACUCCAAAUGCCGCCUCUGUUUUCGAUAGGAAUCCAGGAAUCAGAAAAUGGGUCGUGGCAUGUCCCUGUAGCAGGUGAUGACAAUGAUUCUCCACAAAGCUGGCUGUGCAUUUCUAGGCCAAGAUCUUGUGAUGCUCUUAAAGAAGCUGCGUGCAUGGAAAAGUCGAAAGACAGUAAUGAUUGUUGCUGCAAUAGUAAAUUACCGACCUUUGGCAGACCAGAAAGUCUUGAAAGUUCCAAACAUAAACUCCAUAUCCGAGAUUCUUUUCAAGAAUCUGAUGGUAAAAUCAUAGCUCUGACUGGAAAAAGGAAAGAGAGGUCCUCAUCUCCUUCCUAGAGCGUAUUCCUUGAGACCAGCGCCAUUACAAGUUAAUUUUUUUUUUCCUCGUUUUAGCACAUGAUUUUUUUAUUUAUUUUUCAUUUUAAUCCAACACUUCCGUUUGGGCUUGCUUUCUUGUUUCUUUUUUCUUUUCCAGUCUAUAAUUUCCUUUUUCUCGGGGGGCAAAAAUAGGAUGAUAACAUCCGACAUGAUACUGAUGUUUUCACUUAUUUAAGGUUAUGAAUCACGGUUCUUCAAGUUAGGAAUAA